AGAUUUUUGAUCGGAAAGGAUAACUUACCCUUUUUAUGAGCAGCUUAAGUGAAGAGAAUCAUUUAAAGAAUCAACAUGACGCAUUCAGUGUUUUUCAAUACACACAUGAUCCAUAAAAUCUUCCACCAAGAGAGAUCAUUCUCUCUUUGCUUCCACCAAUAGAGAGCUAAAUUUUACGAAAGGCUCAAAUAUUCAGUCAUGCAUGUACAAUAUUUAGAUAACAGGUUAUAACUUUGAUACUACUCUUAUUGAUACCAUAGAAAUUGUACUGACCUAUUUAUCGCUUCGAUCUCCCGAUAAUUGACAUGAUUCGAUCCAAUUUCCUCGUUUAGUUUUCCCUUAUCGCAUUCUAAUUUUUUUGCAGAUCGACCGAGCAAAAUACUGGGACCUAAGAGUGAACGUACAUGUGACAAUAAUUGUUCUGGCAUCUUCUUCUACUUCGCAAGGAAUUGCGAGGUCAGUUUGCUUUUUUUCCAGUUGCUUGGCUUAAUUCCGGACUUAAUUGCAUUCAAAAGGUAAUGGUAAAAGGUAAUGCUUCUUUUUUUGAUCAAUGUGGUUAUUGUUUAUUCCAGGCUUUUGAAGCUUCUUCACAACUGAACAAUGGACUACACUGAAUCAACGUUAGGUAAGCUUCUUGACCUCAGUAAACGCAGCUGUUUUUGCUUACUGUGAAUCUAGAAAUGUUCAGUCUAAGAGGAAGUCUUUCUUUAGCAGCCUAUUUUCUUUCUCUUUCUACAAUUAAUGUGAAUUAUGGGACCCACUUGGUGUUAAAAAACCAGUUAAUGCAGACCUUUUUUGUGUGAGUUGAAAUUUAUGACAAUUCGAAUUAGGGUAAAUCUCAGACAAAAUGUACCAUUUGUGGCCAAAUAUCUCUACCCCGAGUAAGUUGAAAAGGGACCACAUUACUUUUUAACUGAUGAACCUAUCAAUGUAAAGGCAGUGUUGUGGGGGGUGGGGGAGGGGCAGGGCAUGAUGUGGGGAUUUGACAUUGUUCAAAAAUUUGUCAUCAAACUCGCUGCUCACAGGCAAUUCAUUCCAGUCAAAUGCACAAAAAUUUCCAGGCGCUGAUAAGUUUUAUCAGGGGUGCUGUGAUCAGAGAAAAUUCAGGGAAAAACGAAAAUUUUUCAAGGUCAGGGAAAAGUCAGGGAAUUCUGUUUUCUGGUACAUUGCAUCAAGCUUGGCAAUAGGCCUUUAAAGGCAAAAUUAAACCUGCAUGAACGUUUUCAACCUGAUAGAGUUUUCCGUUUUAAAAAUAGAACUUCUGUUUACUUUGAUACAGCAGUUUAUUAAACAUCUUGUUGAUCCUAGUUCACGUCGAGCGAAGAAAGAUUCAAAUAUCCCCUCCCCUGGGAGAACAAGACCAUUCUAAUGCCCCACCCCAGGGCCAACACAGACAAUCAUAUCCCUACCCCAUCCCAUGCCCUGACUUACUUUUUGCCAUUUAUUUCAGUGAAACUGCAUGGCUGACCGAGACAGUUGGUAUGACUUGGAGUGACAGACUACUGAUGGAAUUAAUUUUAUUUUAACAAACAAAGGUAUUCUCUCACAAUACUAAUCUAAAAUGGUAUUUCUCUACAGUCUGAGUUCUCUCUUACAGCUGUAUGCGAUGUGUUAUACAAGUAGAAUGAAAGACUUUGCUUUUGUUAGUCCUCAAAAAUAUCCUGGCGAUUUGCUGGCGGGGAAUGUAAUUAGAGAUUUUUGACCACAGCUAGUUUGGCGACAUUAAAAAAUUAAUGAAGUUGAGAUGCUCCCUGUCAUAGGCGUACGGGCCGCUUAGAUUUUUUGGGCAGCAAGAGAAACUUUGGGCAAAGCCAGCUUUUAAAGACGUUUUCAUGUUUUGUUAUUAGUAUUUUGAAGAGAUAAAUAUUUUCUAUUUUAACCUGAAGUCGGCGUAAUAAUCCAGUUGCAUUCACACGAUACAGUGGUUGCCAAGCACGUGAUGAGUUUCUGUUUAUAGGGGAAGGGUAUCAUAUGCUGAGGUUUUUUUUUAUCGUUGGGCACUGUACUGCAAUGGGCUAUUUCCAAUCGUGAAUUGAUUAGAAUAAACUUACGCUAACUUUCUAGAAUCAUCUCCGCUCGUGGAACAGUGUAUGGCAGAUAGCAUCAGCGACUGAUCUGAAAGUGAAGAAGUGGCUGACUAAUUCUCACUUUGAAUUACGAGAAGAAUCUUAUCUAUCAAGUGAUUCAAAUUAUUCACUAAUUUGUUAAAAUGGACUGAAAUGUUUACAAAAUCACUAACAAGAGUGCCAUGAUACAUACUAAUGAAAUCCUUCUUUUAUGCAAUUGACCAGUCAAUUAUCUCUAAAACAAUUCACUCACAUUUUUAAACAGAUUGAAGCUACUAUGAGGUGAAAUUGCAUGUCAAAAGCACUUCGUUUUCUACAGAUAACGCCUAAACAUCAAGAUUUUCCUUCCUUUACUGUAUUCCUCCUAACUAUAAAAAGUUUAUUCCAAAAUAUCCCAAUAUCGCUCUUACAGAUUCCGGUUUAACUUCACGAACAUCGAGGCGACUAUCUGAGGAAAAAGCUCGGAAGAACGAUUUCAUAGUGAGAAAUAAUGCACCUAUCAAUGUAAACCCCGUGGGGGGGAGGAGUGCGGGCAAGGGGUGGGGAUUUGACAAAUUUUGAAAUUUUUGGAUCAAAUUCCCCAGGGUGGGAAACGAAAGGUCGAUCAAAAGUGUCAAAAAAGCCCCCACCCCAGGGGAAAAAAUCUAAACAAACAAUACUAUAACACUAUAUAAAACAAAUUAAAAGAAUAUUUCAAAAGUACAUUCUUACUACUUUUAUUUAUGGUUAAUGUAAGCUCCGUUAAUUUACUCGCUGUAAUUAAGUAUUUUCUCUGUCCACUAGCAUCUCCUAUUUUGAAUAACAAAAUCACUGCAGGAAGAUUGACUGUGCUAUUAUAAUUUAUUAAUGAAACGUAAAAUGCUUUAUAACAUCUGCUCAACAUGUCGGAACAGGUCGGAUUAGUGACCCGUAAAAAAUCCUCUGACUUUCAUGGUGGAAUUCGAUUUCAAUCGAGUUUUGCAAUCAGAUGGGAACUUGAAGAUAAAAUCUUUCUCAAAAUAGACAUUAUCUGUUCAGAUGACAGUUUAAAGUAUCGGAUUAUGGUGAUUAAAACAAACGAAAACUUCAUACCUUUCUCCAACAGCGUGACUUGCAGAAAGCCUUGAGGGACGGACUUGCUAACCGCUUCUGAAUUGAUACCAGGCUUCUAUCGGUCAAAGUCAAAUGUCCCAACCCCAGCGUCGCUUCGCAUGAUCAAAAGCCCGACAGGGGGAUAGUCUCAGGCAUCAAAUCCCCGCCUCUUGCCCUCCCUCCCCCACGGAAUUUACAUUGAUUUUAGGUAUUUAGGUAGGUAUUCUAUUUAUUUGCCACACAAUUACAAUAAUUACUUAAAGAUGCCAAAAGAAAAAAAAAAAUGUAGGAAGAGAUGGCGAGGAGGCCUAAAAGAAACUAUAGAGCUUAUGUUAAUUAGGCCUCCUCAAUUACAAUUUUUCGAAGAUGGCAUAAAAAUUACGGCGACGGGUACAAUAUAAUAUCAGGUGAAAAAUUAAACUAAUCAAUAUUACGGAAGUUUACAUGUACAAAUGUUGAAUAUUAAAAGGCUUUUUCCCAAGAUUUUUGUUGAAGUAUACUAAUAAUUAUUACAAAUAAAUGCCUUAAGUGCUCUUUUAAAGGAGAAAGGUAAGGAAGCGUUGAUGAUGUUGGUGUUUAAGGUGUUGUAAAAUUUAGGUCCUUGAUAAAAAAUGGAAAAUUGCUUGGUUCGAGUACGACAGAAAGGCAGACGAAAUUUACACGAGUUUCUUGUAUUAUACGAAUGAAUUUGACCUUGUAAGGUAAAUUUACAAUGAAAUUUUAAAGGCAGAGUAUGGUUUUGAUAGGAGUACAUGAAUAAGCCUAGUUGUAUUAAGUAUAUAUCAUGAAAUUUUGAGAUACCAAGAUUUUGAAAGAUUGGAUCAGUAUGUGCAUCGAAAGUGGUUUUAGCUAUAGUUCUGAUCACUCGUUUCUGUAAAAUCUCAAGACGAAUAAGGUUAGUUCUGUAAGUAGAGGCCCAAACUAAGUUGCAGUAAUAAAGGUAUGGAUAGACUAGAGAAAAAUAUAGUGUUCGUAAGGUUUUCGUGGAUAAAUAGAAACUGGAUUUACGAAUAAUUCCUGUGCAUUUAGAAACUUUAUUGGCGACAUGUGAGAUUUCAGAUUUCCAAUUUAAAUUUUCAUCCAUGAUUACUCCCAGGAAAACUGUUUCUUUUACUUGAUCAAUUUUUUGACUAUAAAUUAAAAGUUGAAUAGUUUGAUUUGUACGCUUUUGGGAUGCAUAAUGCUUAGUAUAAUAGGUAAUGGCGUCAUUUUGUUGCUAUGACAACUCUGAUGUCAUUGCAACCCUGAUCAUGACAAAUUUUUAUCUUUAUCUACAUGUAAUACAACUGUGGUGGCAACUUUUCCAAAUGUUUGUUUAUGGCGACGUAGUUUAUGCUCAAACUUGGCAGGUAUUGACCCUGAAAAACUGUAUCGAGGCACUUUCAUAUGCUAGUACAGCCUAUGUUGUUGCAUCGUAUGGCCCUCGUUUCUUUUCGACUGUUUUCUAAAAAUUUUUUGGGCAAAUGGUUUACCGCCCGCCCUAGACAAAAGUUUCCCGUACGCCUAUGCUCCUUGUGAGAGAAAAGCAAAAUAUUGGAAAUUGUUGAAAAUAAACUUAGUGAGCAGCAUGGAGAAGUGUAUGUUGCCUAAACAAAACAUUGAAAAAAAUAAUUCUGCUGGCAACAAAUUCUAGUACUCCUGCUAUGUAAUUGCAGACAAAAAAUGAACAAAUUCUCAGUGAUAGUGAUAUGUCAAACAUAAGGAUAAAAUUUAAUUUAAUAAUGUAAAACAUUAUUGAAAAAAUAAUUUUUGGUUUAGGUUUUGUAAACUUGGCAACGACCUCUAAGGAAACAGUACAUGAUGACUAAAAAAAUAUUGUUACUUCGAGUGUAGCACAGAGAGAAAAAGUUCCUCAAUAUGCAAGAGUGCUUGCUACAUUGGGUUUUUCACUGAAUUGUGUUUUGGCUGUAUGAAUUGAGAAAUUGAAAUUUAAGAGGGUAUAGCUAUUAAAUUUGCACCCGUCAUGCAGUCGACUCCUGAUAACUCAAACCUCACAAUUCAAAGGGAAUAAGGAAUCUUAAAAUCCCUAUAAAUCCCAGCUAAAAAUCAUGAAAUUAAAUACUUGCAAAAAGUAUAUGGCUCAAAUUAAAUACUCUGGAAAUUAAUUAAAUGAGAAUAAGGUGCACUUCACUUCAAGAUCAGCAAGAGAUAUUACAGAGUGAUAUUUUGAAAAAGAAAUUGAGCAACAAAGCUUGAUUAAUCAAUGCAGUGCUAAACAUUGUCUUUGAAUUUAACCAACAAAAAAAUAAAGAAACUCAAAGAAAACACGAUUAUAACAUAGCUAGAAAAUUCGCCUAAUCAAAUUCAAUAGCGCGAGCGUGCUUCAUAUUCCUAUUGAGCACGCUGAUGACGUCAAUAAACUAUUCGUAAUUCCUCGAGUGGUUGUGAGCUUAGCAAUCCUGAGUCUCCUGCAUGAGUUCAUCCAUAACUCAGCAAUAGACAAGGAAGCGUUUACGAUGUGUUUUAUAAGGAAAUUUAAGAGCAAACGUUUGAAUUUGUUAGCCGAUAGUAAGGAAAAGAGGUGAGUGUUGUUGUUGUCAUCUCGGCGAGCUGUGCGAGCUAUGGCGUGAGUUCAUUCUUUGCAAACUUGUUUUCUCUCAAUAACAAUUUUUCGGUAAAUUAAUAGUUUUCCGGCACCUAAAUAUGGAUUUUAUAAUCAUUUUAGAGUACACUUUCUCUCAGUUUCAGGAUAAAAACACAAGAUUAACUGUGAGGAAAAAAAUAUAUAGUCACGUAAACAUUGACGCGUACUGCUUUGAGCGCGCCCUACAAUAAUAAAAUUAUAAGUUAACUGAUGCAUUGAUCGCUUUGAUGAUGUUAUAAAACAAUUAGUUCAUGCUGCAGCUGUGCGUAUGUCGAGUUAUUGAGCACUUGGGAAGUUUGGAGAGCACUCAAGAGGCUAGAGUUGCACUCGGCUGCGCCUCGUGCAACUCUUACGCCUCUUUCGUGCUCUCCAAACUUCCCGCGUGCUCAAUAUCUCGACAUACGCACGCUGACGCAUGAACUAAUUGUUAAUUGUUCCACAACAAAUUCAAUGUUUUUGACUGCAGCUGUCACUGUGUUUUUUCUUUUUAAAUUCUCAUGUGGUUAAAAUAAUUAUUAUAUGGUCAGAGUUUUGAGGGUAAAAUUGUAUAGAAAUUAUCUGAAGGGAAACAAAAUUUACUUCAAGUUAGUGGGAGGUUGAUAAUAAUCUUUUCUUUCUAUUAUCUAACAUUUAAUUUGUGAUCUUACUUUUUGACAUUUUAGGGAAAUUGUUAAUUGAGACACCAUGGCACAGGACCAAGAACUUAAUAGGAAAAGGAAAUAGUGCUCAUAAGAAUAUGGCAGAUGUUCCACCUACACUCACCCUAGAACUUCCCAAGAAAAGUGAUCUUUCUAACACUUUUAAACCUUGGAAUGAAGUCCAUCUUCCAAUCGACAUUCUUUUGUUGACAGUGAAGGACUGUGAGUUCCUAGCCUGUUAUACAUACUUAAGAAAUUCCUUUAAAAGCUUCCACGUGAACCUUGGAUAUGUGUACUUUGGGAACAUGGGUAAAAGCGGAGAUGUGCCUCUAAAAGUUGCUUUGAUGACAUGUUCUGAAGGCUCUUCUGCUCCACAUGGCUCACUGAUCACUGUUAAGAAUGCUGUGAUGGAACUGAGACCCAAAGCUGUUUUCUAUGUUGGCAACUGUGUGGGCUUGAACCCAGAAGUCACCAAGUUACAGCUAGGUGAUGUGGUGGUAUCCUCUAAGCUUACAACUGAAUCAUUAAAAACCCCGGUGGGAAGAGGUAUCUUGCACCUUGUCAGGCAUGCAGAUCAUGGCUGGAUUCCUCCAUUAAAACGUCCAGAAGAUCGUAAAGUUCAGGUCUGCUGUGAUGGGGAUAUUUUAAGUGGCAUAAACCCAGUCAGUGCUAAACAGCAAAACAUGUCUCAUAUUACUCAAGCUACUGCAUUUGAAAUCGGUGGCGAAGGUAAGAUAAUUAUUUAUUGCCUGUUAAAGGAGAGGAGUGGUGGUCCUAGAGGUCCAGAGGUCCAGGUUAAGGCCUUGCUGCACUUUGUGCUGUUUCCUUAGACAAGGAACUUUGAUUCACUGUCCCUCUUAAGUUAACUUCCCGCAUUUUCUAUACUAAAUUAUGGAUAAAAAACUGAUUCGAGGACAGCAGUUUAAAUGGUGUUUUCCUUUGGAUAAAAUACAUAAGGAUAGUUAAAUUCUAUUAACAUCCUUAUGCAUAAGCUGGUUUUUUAUUUGUUUGUCCUGUUUUUUGUUAUUUAAAUAUGCUGAUUUAUAUCUGCCUUUUAAAAUCACUCAGUGUUACCAUUUUCUGUCUACCCAUUUGCCCAGUAAAUAAUAUUGUUUAUGUUGUCAUAUCUUGAUCAACCCUGGUUGUGAUGCUCACUGGUGGAUCUUUUUGCAUCUUGAAUUAUAAAUCAUUUGUUGUUUUUUUCCAGGCCUUUUUGUUGCAGCACAUGAUCUUAAGAUUGAAUGGGUGAUUGUAAAAGGUAUUUCUCACUUUGCCGAUGGUAACAACCCUGCAGAAAAGUCUUGGGAGAGUCAUGCAUGCAUAAUGGCAGCUUCUCUUGUGUCCAACAUGCUGAAGGAUCCAUUUGUGUUUGAACAAUGGCCUCAUUAUGAAGGUAGGUGUCAUGCUCCUUUAUUAAACCAUGUGAUAAUUAAAUCCUUACCUUUGUACAGAAGGAUUAAUUUAGUGUUUUUGGUUAAGUACUGAUCAGGUUGAUUUAAAAUACUCACUCUCAAACCUUGUUAAUUAAUCUCUUAUAAUAAACUUGAAAAAGGAUGGAGUUCAACAUUUUUUUGGUCAAUUCACAACUGUUGGAAACUAUAAAAUAGGUAAAAGAAAAUUAUGAGAAAAAGGUUACAAAGAAAUUGGUCAGGUGGACACGAGGGAGAUGUUUUCUGAUAAAAUUGAUCAGUUGCUUACCAUACUAUUUUAGGCAGUAAGAUUUGUGGGUUGGUACUCUGCAAGUGCAUACUUAGGGACCUAAAGUCUAAAAUGACCUUUUUUUAAUUAGAGCAUAAGUGGUAUCUGUUAGGAGCCUGUAAGGUUGAGUGGGAAUUAUUUUGUUACUCAAGUGAUUUUUGGUGCCUCUUAGGCAUUAAAAUGAAGUUCUUCCUUGUCACAAAGUUAGAUUCUGUUACUUUCUAGGGAUACUUUUGGAUUUUUUUUUACAAAACCCUGUUUUUUGUUUUGUUUUUUGUUAAUUUUAAUUUUUUAGAGGGGGGUAUCUCCUUUUGGUACCUUCCAGGGGUUAAAGUGAAUUUCCAACAUGCCCGCAAAGCAAGAUUCUGUACCCUCUAGGGACGCUUUUUGUUUUUAUUAUUAUUAUUAUUUUUUUUUGACAAGCGCCCCUAUUAUCUUUAAUUUUUUAUUUUUUGUAAAGCAGUUGUGCUAUUUUUAAAGGGGACUAUCUCCUCCUCCUUUUGGUACCUCUUAUAGAGCUUAAGAGGGGAGACUGGUUAAAAUUUGGGGGAAAUAAUGUUAAUUUGGGAAGGAAAUAUAUGAGGGUAGAAUAGGUAUACACAUAAAUCAGUUAAUCUGCUAAUAGGAUCAGAGGCAUCUUGUUGUGGUGGUGGACUAUCUGGUAAUCGUCUACCAAUAUUAUUUACUUCAUAUUUUAAUUUUUAACAACCACCAUUCCAAUAUUUUCCCAUUUUUUCAAAAUUUUAAACAUCUCCCCCCCUAAUUUUUAUACAUUAAAAACAUUCGAAAAAUCAUCCGAAAAUUCUUACAUAAUUAAUGACUGCAUCUUAAUUGAGUCAUUUUUGAAUUAAAGGAAAUCUUGGCUAGAUAUUUAAGAAAAUGAGUGUAAAUCAAUGAAAAAUAAUGCUUUUAACCAGACUCCCCCCUUGAAAUGAAUUUCUUCCAUGUCUACAAAGCAGGGUUUUUGUACCUUUUAGGGAUACUUUUGAAUUUUUUAUUUGACUAGCACCACAGUUUUUUAAUAGAGUAGUAUCUCCUCCUCCCUCCCCCCACGCCCUGAGAACACUAGUAACCAACUUAACAGGCCUGUCACUACGGGCUGAGAGGCAUAGAUUCUGACUGGCUACCCCUGGUUACUUUCAUAGGAAUUAAAGGAAAAUAGGGACAAAAGAAUUUCCAGGAUGUUCUAUUCAACUUGAAACCAUAGUGACAGCCCUGAAUGCUAAGCAGUAAGCUCUCAGCACUGCUGGCUUUAUUUUCUGGUUUUAGAUCAUCCUAGAACUCUACCCUCUGAUUGGUUGAUAGCUAUGAUUUUGAAAGGUCCAGUAAAUAUUUGGGGGGCUUAUUUCCUGUUUUGAAAAUGUUUUUGAACUGCAACUGCUUACUAGAUGCCUUUCAGAGUCAACUCAAUGUGCAGGAGAAAUCUUGUGUAACCAAGUUUAAAAGAUACAUUUAUUGUCUAAAACUGUGCACACUGCAACCAGGCACCUUUAGCAAAUUAAAAUGUCAGUAUCACCCACAAUUAAGUAAAAGCUAAGAUGUAAGCAUCCAGUCCCAAGACAAGCUGCUCAGUGCUUUUUGUUGUUGAAACUUUAUUAUUCAGACCUAGAACCUAAGAUGUGGGUAGCAAAAAACUGACAGAUUGAUAAACAUUUUCCCCAAAUUCUUUUGAAUAACUGUUGUUUUAAAUGUCUCACUUCAAUUUCUAUCCUAUUUUGUUUACUCACAGACUCGUCAGCAAAGAAACAGCCCUCUUGCUCUAGGGUCAAUAAGGAGGAGUUACCAGGUACUAUUAUAUCCAAUAAAGCUGAAAUGGUACCAGACAUACAGUAGAUUAAAAACGCUUAUUUUAAUAUGAAAAUGACUUUUAUCGUUUGUUAUAUUGCAAUACAAAAUGAUCUUUAUUGUAGCAAUUGUAUAUUUUUAUUUAAAAAAUAAGUAGCAAAGAAGAAGUAUGAUGUGACACUUCAAGCGUCAAAUUCUUUCUUUCAUUCAAUCUUUCUGUUAGAGUUUUGCUAAGGUAUUUUUAACCUGCGUUAAUCCUCGAGGUCAGUUAUACAAAAUAAGAAUUAUUUUUUAGCACUCAACCACAAAAACGUCACUAACAGCUUUGGAGAGGUACCCCUCUAUGGGCGUGUCCUCUCUGAAGCUCUGUGCGUGGGACAAUGUUCCUUUUCAUAUUCCUUCUACGUUUGACCAUAGUAUAUAUAUUUCUUCAUUGAUCUCUUUAUAUUCUGGUGUUUUAAAGCCCUCAUAUCAACGUGCACUGUUACUCACUUCUCUGUUUGAUAUCAGUGAAGGCUUAUAUUUUGUGCUGGUCAACUAGCUCCCUUUAACUUUCUUCACCUAUUAAGAUAUCAAGUUAUUAUAACGAACAAUUCUUGAAAAAAAGGAACGUAAAAUUUUCUUUAACAGAUUCUCUCUGCCUCGAGGAGUGCCAGAAACAGCUGCGAUCAAUUUAUGAAACCAACAGCAAAGUCAAAAUCGUUCCGUGGGACCAAAGCUCUGCCGUUCAUAUCGAUGAAAUUUACACCCAGUUGUCUUGGCUUAUGGAUGAGAAGAAGCCCAGCGGACUAACACAGAAGAAACUCCAACACUACACCAACCUUUUUGACGGCGGAAGACUUCAUCAAACGCCUAAGCGCAUUUUGGUUCACGGACGACCAGGAAUCGGCAAGACCGUUUUUACGCAGAAAGCUACAUUCGACUGGUCCCAGCACAGAUUUAAAGGAAAGUUAGGAAGAUUUGAUCUUGUACUUUUGGUCAAAUUACGCGAUGUUUGCAACCUCGGCGAUGUCCCAGGCAUUCUGAGCAAUGCUAAUCUUCUCGCGAGUGAUGGCCCGAUUUCCACUGACAACCUGUACGAUUACGUUCGUCACCACCAAGAAAACGUGUUGCUCAUUUUGGACGGCUACGAUGAAUACGUACACAGCGCAGAAAGGCAAUCUCCUGUUCUUAGAAUCUGGCAGAAAAAACAGUUGAGGGAUUGUUGUGUUAUUAUAACGUCUAGAGACAUGAAAGGGGAGGAUUUGAAAACUUCCAGCGAUGCUCAAUUUGAGAUCGACGGUUUCGACCGUAAGCGACAAAAAGAGUUCGCCCGUAGAUUCUUGAAAGAUGAUCAAGAUAUUAAGGAAUUUUUUCGAUACUUAAAGCAACAAGACCUACAGGACGUAGCAAAAAUACCUAUUUUGCUUUUGAUGUUGUUGUCGGUUUGGAAAGAGAGGGAUCGUGAAGGACUACCUUCAUCACGGCCGAUGAUAUAUUUUCAGUUCAUUCAGACUUUGUUUGAUCAUAUGUCUGAGAAACAAGAAAAGCCGGCGGAAAAAGUUGACGACCACAAACAAGAACUCUGUAAAUUAGGAGAAUUAGCCUUUGACGCACUUCUGCAAGAUCUACUUUAUUUUCCUGUCAGUAAACUGUCGGAUCAGGUUUUGACCGAGAAACUGAUCGAGGCCGGGUUGUUUCAGCUCCUAAACAUGACAGCUCACAAGCGGUGCAAAGCCGUGCACUUCAUUCACAAAUCCAUGCAGGAGUUUUUGGCUUCUUUAUUUCUAAAAGAAGAACUGUUAUGCCAAGAAAGUAAAAACAAUUCCCUUUUCAAAGUCGACUCUAUUGAAAAGAUCUUCAAGUUGAAUGAAGUUUUUAAAUUUGCUGCUGAAAUGUCAGAAGAAGCCGCGCGCGAGAUCUUGAUUUAUCUGUUGGAAAUGGCGGCGAAGGAAGACGGAGAGUACAGCUUCGACAACGAAGCACCGUCACUCGAAGAUUUGUCUAAUGAACAAAAAAAUCUUUUAACUCUAUGUACACAGUUAUUCUUCUACUGCUCAGCAGACACGAGAACAGAACUUUUGCCCACUUUUCUUUCUAAUCUAGGAGGUGUUUUGUUCAUUUCAAAUCCUGAGCAGCUGAAUAUUGCAACAAAGGAAAAUUUUGUUAAAAGUACCGCUUCACUUAUGUACAUAUUUUUCUCUUAUAGCGACCAGUAUACAGAGCAAAGUUAUAAUAAUUUAAUAACUUUAGUACAGCAAUUAAACGCUGUUAUAGUUAGCAGAACAGGAGAACAGAAAGCAUCAGAAUUUUUGAAUGUAUUUCCAUGGCGUGGUGUUGACGAGUUUUUCUUAAUGAAAGAAGAAAAUAACACUUACCUUUAUUUUACUCAAAUUGUAAAAAAUCCUAUAAGAAGCAUUUCUUCUCUUCCAUAUAAAAUGGUAAAGACGUUAGUUAGUUUAGAAGAGACAACAAAGAAGACAAACAUGAAUGGUGAUGAGUCAAGUGAAGAGAGCAGCAGCAGCUGUUGUUCAAAGCGUCAUGGUGUCUCCAGGGUUUGGGGGAUUGCAGCUGUUGGUGUGAACAGGUCAGAAGUGGAACAGCUGAUUGAGAUGAUGCCGUUUAUCACCGCUCCACACGUGAUAGGGGUUGUGGGUGAACACCUUGAAAUGUUUAAUGCUGAGGUAACAGAGUCUCUACUGAGGAGCAUCCCAACAACACACAAACUGGAGAGAUUAAUACUCUGCAAUAUCAAUGUAACAUCAUCACCUGCUGUGGAGUUCAUCAGCAGAGUAUUUAAACAAGAUCUUCCAAACUUGAAGUGGCUCGACAUGUCAGACAAUCCUCUUCUGGGUGCAGGAGUCGACAGCUUGAUAAAACAUCUCAGCUGCGCUCCUCACCUGGAGACACUGGAACUUUUAGAAGUGAAGAUGACUCCACAGCAGGUGAUGAAUCUCACAUCAGCUGUACAGCAGCACGGAAACAUCACUCAACUGGUGUCACCCUACCACGUAAGUUUUCCAAUUUUAUCGCAAUUUGUUUCUUUAUUCUUUGUUUACAGUUUAUUUCUACUCAGCUCUUGCCUUUCGCCAUUUUCCUUUCUUUGUCAUUUUUAUACUCGACAAAACACGAGAUUUGCUUUUGAAAUCAAAUCACAAACUUUAGCAGAUUCAAAGUAUCAUUUCAAAUUCAUUUCUUUCAACUGAUUAAACUAACUCCAUAAAAUGUUUUAACUGAGAACGUUAAGAACAAGUAACUUUAGCUGAUAUUAAAACAUGGAGUUAAACACAAGAAAAGAAAUUUCGUAUCCUCAAGGAGCCAUAAGAUGAUAUUAUUGAGUGAAAACAAGAACUUUUAGCAAAGCAAAAGCAUAUAAUUUCCACAGUAUUAAUUUCUGAAUCAAUUUUAAUUCAUACCUUUUCAUAAAGUAACGAACAACAAUCAUAAAAGCAAAUGUAAGAUGUUCAGUUCAUGUACAAUUCAAACAAAUAAGCAAAGAGUAAACACAUUAAACUCACGGUUUCACACUUAUCGUCCAAGGCUCCUAUAAAAACAGUUUAAGUCAAGUGAAGUUCUUUUGAAAGUCCAGAAAACAAACAAGUCUUUUAUAGCUGUUCUUUUGUUAGUUCUUGAGCGUUUCUUUGGUAAAUACUGGUCCUUGCAGUUCGGUGAAGCGUUGGUUUUUGAAAUAACAACCCGCACAAAAAAAUUGUAUCUUCGAGACAACGGUUGAAAGCAACACCAAAAAAACUUUCCUUACAGGUAAACACUUCGCUGUUCUCCACUGUGUAGCAUAAGUGUCCAUGCAUGAUUUUCAUCGCGUAAAUAGCAUGAGCUUGUUUUCAACUUUCCAAGAACACUCGCCAUACAAAUCAAAUCCUGCGGAGCUUUGCGCUUUCGUAAAAUAUCCUUAAAAAUGAUGUUUCCUUGAGCUUCGAACAACUCCUUAGCAUAUUCCUGAGUAAAAAGAGAUGAAUCCCUGUCUUGUGUAAAAUAAUUUCCUUGAUGUUUUCUUAUUAAAUUUUGAGUUCAUCCUGAACAGUUUGCCGUUGAAGAGCGAACUGAACAAACUACGAAAACAACAAACGAUGUCAUUCAAAGCCUAGUAACGUCGCCGAAGCUGAUUGGUUAAAUCACCUGGGAUGAUUUUUCACGUGAUGAUUUUUUCCCGCCUUUCGUUUUAUCACGUAACAAAUUCCCGCCCGCACAAAAAUACACUAUGAUCUGCGAAUUUUGUAAGGCUGAAUAUAUUUUCAAAAGAAAAGAAAAAGGAUUUGCUUAUUUUGAUUUUGAUUCCACUAUUUUGAAUGCGAAUUUGUUGUACGUGCGCCUUGAUAAAGAUAAUGUUUCUCUUUCCAAUCCCGCCGAGAGGGGAGAGGUACAGGGGGGUAAAUCUCCCUCCUCCCUAAACUUGGUUUAAAAAUUGGUGACGGGUGACACUCGUUUCUUGCACUUAGUUGUAAAGGAAGUUUUUUACCUUAAGCGCUUCGCCCCUACACCAACAUACUAGACAAAGAAGGCGUAACCACCGUGUGUCUAGUGCAUUUCUGGCCCCCCUCUCUCUCUCUCUAUGUCACGCAACGCCGGACAGAGAGGGUCCUCCCCCACAUCCCUUAUCAUCACGCAAAAAGCCAUAAAGUUAAUUUUUUAUCGAUAUCUCCCUACUCGCAACAUUUCAUUUUCUCCCUCCUGCCUAUUCUGUUUCUCUUCCCUUGGCCUGUUCCAGGCGUUCAGACAGUGGGGGAAGUAAAAAGGAGUGCGAAAAAAUAAAAGCGAGGCCCCCUCUACUUUUCAUCGCUUUCUUUACUUCGCACCGCUCUCCACCAUCUGAACGCUUGGAACAGGCUACUCUUCCCUCCGCUGAGAAGUCAGAAUCUUCGCUAGGAAAAAUUUCUCUCAGCAAAUAACUGUAAAGACGCUUAAAAAUAGUUUGUCAGUUGUUGUUAACACAUUAACCUUGUGCUCGUAUAAUUUUUGACAAGGUGUCGGGUUCGAAUCCUGCUCAGUACCCUUUCUUCUUUCCUUCAGUCUUUCUCUUUUUUGUUUCGUUUGCUUAUUUGUUUUUUUUGUUGAUGUUUUUUAACUAAUAUAUACCUUUUAGAGCAAAGAUUGUAUGUUUAUGGAUAAACAAUCUGAAUUUCUAUCGUUUCCUACAAUUUUCAUUCCUUUUUUAUUGCAAUAUAUUGUUCAAAACUAAAACAGUAGCCACAUGCAAUCACAAACUGCCUUUUAUUAUAUAGGCCAAGUUUUGAUUGUUGAUCUUUACUUUCGGCACGUGAGGCUUGUUUUGAACUUAGUACAUCUUGUCAAAGUUGUUGUCAUAUUGACAAUUGUCUUUCGUUGGUCAGUGUAAUCGUAUUGUACUUAAAAUGAAGGUUUUCAAAUGUGUACACGUCCACACUUUAUUAAAGGGAGAUGGCUGGUUUUAAGUAUUGUUUUGUAUUUUGUUGAAGGAUGAUAAAGGAAACCCCAUACCUGAACAUAAAUGGCCAUCAGAGAACGACUGGAAAAGGAGGUACCCUGACCUCUUUCCUGAUUCAUCACCUGAAUCAGCGCAUGAGAAGGAGCAG